UGUUUGUAGUAGUGCCGCUCAGCAGCCGCAUCCGAUUUGAGGGGGGGGGUCCAAAGCCGGUUGUUGUAGUGCUGCUCAGCAGCCGCAUCCGAUUUGAGGUCGAAACAGGAGUGGGAGGAAGCAAACGCCAUCCGGAGCGCAUAAUUGAGAAGCCACAGAAUCAAAACAAUAAUUUCGGACUGAGAAAAAUACCACUGUCAAACAUCGUCGGCUGAUAUAGCCUUCUGACCUAAAGAAAAAGCGGAGGGACAAGAUCAUUCAUGGAAAUAAAAUAGAGACCUGUGGGUUUGAGUUUUUUUUUAUUUUAAUCUUUUUUUUUUAUGACAAAACACAGCCAUUUGAACCCCAAAAUGACUGAGAUAACCAAUUUAAGACCAACAUAUGAGGUGUCCCCGGUGCUGGCGGGCUUCCUGGGCGCCGGGGUUCUGGUGGUCUCGGUCACGGUGGCCGUCUUCCUCUGGACCUGCUGUCAGCGUCGCUACCGACAGCUGACGGGGAGCUACAAGCUCCAGUCGGGACCCUGCGACCCGGCCGUGGACCCGCCCUACAAGUUCAUCCACAUGCUCAAGGGAAUCAGCAUCUACCCGGAGACACUCAGUAACAAGAAGAUUGUCCGCGUGGGUCGACGCCCAGGCUCCUCGCGAAAUGGCGGCGGAUCUGGCGUUGAGUGGGGUCGUAAUGGCGAGCGAGGAAGAGGUGGAGGGGGAGGAAGGGUGAUGCUGGUGGAUGCUGACCCAGAAACGGGCCUGCUCAAUGGCUCCACCCACCUGCAGAUGAGCCACCUGCUGCCCCCUGCCGGACAGCCCAGGCUAGAGCGGGCGCUGCCCAUCCGUGCCGACUACUGCUGCCUGGAGAGCAGCUCCGGGGGUAACAGCAGUAGCAGUAGCUGUGAUGCCAGCAAGACAGCCUCACCCUUUACCCCGUGUCAGGGGGAGGGCACCACCACGCCGCCCGCUGCCCUAGGCACCCUCAGCCUGUCCGUGGACUACAACUUCCCCAAGAAGGCGCUGGUGGUGACCAUUGUUGGCGCCCAGGGUCUUCCCGUUAUGGACGAGCAGUCGGGUAGCUCGGACCCCUACAUGAAGAUGACCAUACUACCAGAAAAGAAGCAUCGGGUCAAGACCCGCGUUCUGAGGAAGACCCUGGAGCCAGUGUUUGACGAGACGUUUACGUUCUACGGUGUGGCCUACAGUGCACUACCUGACCUCACACUGCACUUCCUGGUGCUCAGCUUCGACCGCUUCGCCCGUGAUGAUGUCAUCGGGGAGGUGGCAGUGCCUCUGGCCGGUGUGGACACCAGCACGGGACGAGUCCACAUCACCCAACAGAUCAGCAAGAGACACAUCCAGUGUGUGAGCCGUGGGGAACUGCUGGUGUCUCUGUCCUACCAGCCUGUCACUCACAGGCUCAAUGUGGUGGUGCUGAAGGCCAAACGCCUGCCCAGGAUGGACAUCACUGGCCUAUCAGGCAACCCAUACGUGAAGGUGAACGUGUUCUACAGCCGCAAGCGCAUCGCCAAGAAUAAGACGCACGUGAAGAAGUGCACGCUCAACCCUGUUUUCAACGAGUCAUUCAUCUACGACGUGCCCGCUGAGCUGCUGGCCGACGUCUCUGUGGAGUUCCUGGUGGUCGACUUCGACCGUACCACCAAGAACGAGGUGGUGGGCCACCUGGUGCUGGGUGGCCAGAGCCUCAUGCCCACUGGGGUCACCCACUGGAGAGAGGUUUGCGACAACCCCCGCCGGCAGAUUGCCAAGUGGCACACCCUGGGCGAGUAUUAGGACAGCUCAGAAAAAUCUCCCAAAAUGUUCCAAAAUUUCUCGGAGUGGGUAUUCUGUCGAAAAACCGCCACCACCACCACUACUAUUUCAAUCAUAUUCUCUUAGAAAGAUAAAGAAAUAAUUAAAUAGAACCCUUCCGCCUGAAAUAAAGAGACACAACCAGACCACCGUAACCCCACCCAACAUGGACUUGUACGGUUGGACCACUCGCUUCUAUGAAAAAUUACCGCAACCAUUGAGACGACCACUGGGACCGAGACAAAUCUGACCAGACUUUCAGGAAUCACUAACGACAAAAGACUUGAUUGAGGAUUUCAAAAUAAAAAUCUGAAUAUAUAUAUAAAGACAUAUUCGAAUGUAUACACAAAUAUAUAGCCUACACAUUCAAGACUGUUUGCGAUAUCCAUGUGGUCCUACCGGUUGGGUGGGUGUGUAAAGGGGAUGGUUUAUCCAAUCAGAGUUCACAACAGAGUGCAUCACAACCACCCUUCUCCAGCCUCUACCACCCAUAGGUAUAAACAUUAUAUUACUUGCAUGCUUGAACAAUGUUAAAAUAAAACACAUCUGGGAAGGAAUGUGGCCACAGAAUACAGUAUGUAUACCAAUUCCCUUUAAACCAGGAAGUAUCCCCUGGUAUUGCACAAAAUUGGGAGGGUUUAUGUUAAUUAGAGAGUGUGGUUAAUUUAUAUUGAUGGGGCUGUUUUUUAAAGUAGGUACGUUAUUUUUUUUUUAUAGGAGUGUUAAUAUUAGAGGUGUGGUCUAUUUAUGGGGCAGGAUGUGGUACUAUAUUACAAUAUUUACAGGGGAUAAUACAGUUAUCGCUAAGUGUUUAAGUUAUGGGCAGGUAAGGCUAUAGGGAUGUCUUGAUUAUAUUUAUCACCACGUUUAUGUUUCUUAAUUUCUUUGUGGACCAUAUAUGUUUCAUCAGUAAGCUCACAUGUAGCAACAAUACCCAUGAAACUCAAUAGUCAAACUGCAAACUGCAAACUACAAGCCACCUCUCUUAUCCUAUUUUACCGAGACAGAGACAAAAUGGCCCUUUUGUGGGGCAGAUUCAUACCAACACUGGCAUAACAAUCGGACAUUAUUCACUUGCAGUUUACGUACAUGUUGGAAAACCUGUGUUCAGUAUAUUACAAUAUGUCUAUAAUAAGUCCAUUGCAUUGUGGAGCUAAUCAAAACAGUUCAAUCUAAAUUGAGGGGAUGAAAUAUCACUCAGCUACAAAUCUCAGUUAUAUUCCUUCACUGAACCCUCCCUCAGUAGCACACAACAUUAGUGGAUUACAGUAAAUUGAUGAUUUCUGGUUUUACUUUGUGACUGCUGUUGCUCUCCCUAUCAUUUGAUUGGUGCAUUUCUUUUUUGACCUGACGUGAUUGGUUGAGGCGAGGCUGUAGCCUGUAGUAUGGAUAGCUAUAAUUGACCGGAUCGCAGUGUACCGAAAGCCUCUGUUAUAGUACAUCUGUUGUCAUGGUGACCACAUGAGCAGAAGGCCAUGAGAUUAUCUGUAACUUUGUGUCUGUCUAUCACCAAUUUUACCAGAGAGAGCUUUGUAGUUCAUAUGCUGUUCCACAGUGGCCAUUUGACCCUAUAUACACUUGCAUGGUAGUGCUUUUACUCCUGUUAAUUUAUUAGAAUAAAUAAUUUUUUAGAAUUAGUAAAAUGUAUAGUCAUGCUACUGGUAACAGCUCAGUAGAUCCUUGUUUGAACUCACCAUCUUAAGAAUUGUACAUUCAUUUUUUAAAUAUAUUUUGUGUGGGGUAAGUAUGUGUAAGAAUGCAAAUGUUCAUCUUCUGCAAUGUCACAUCCACUGAACUCAACAAAGGUUUCAAAGUGUCAGCUCUCGUUCUGGUGCCCUGCCUUCUCCCUGAGCUCUCGCUCUCUGUGUAUCACCGCUGUUGCUCCACAGCACGGUCCCCAUUCUGUCAGAGGCUUUUUUUUAAACUCUGAUAGUCAAUAGCGAUCAAAGGAAGUCAAGCUGUCACUGCACACUAUGUCUCUUUGCUGUGUGUAUACACUGUAUCUCAUUGUAUGUGUACACUGCUAACCACUUAGCUUGAAUGUUGCAUAUCCCUACACUCACACACAGGUAAGCAUUGUACACAAUCAGCUACACUGGCCUCUGAGGUGCUCAAACUGCGUCCUUAUUUUUUUGUUGUAUUUUUUGUAUUUUUAUUUAACCAGGUAAGCCAGUUGAGAACAAGUUCUCAUUUACA